AGGUCUUCGGGUUUACUUGAAAAAAAUAAUUCGAUUUAUUGAACUGCGAACCAUCCAUCACCAAAUUUUUAUUCAACGUCGUCAGAAUGAAGCGGAAUUUGUUUGCCUUUGUCCUACCACUGUUAUCGUUGUUUUGUUUGGGAUUAGCUCACAAGGGAGAUGACCUUGUCUACGGCUACGAAUGCCAUAAUGCAAAAUGCCGCAAAGUGGAGUUAAGUGAGGAUAAUUUUGCCAAGGCAAUUAGUAUGCCAGUUUGCAGACUGUUUUGCGGCAGUGCCAUUGGCACCUUGUGGCCCAAGCCCACGGGAGAAGUGCAUGUUGAAAUGAUUAUGCGUCAGGUAGAUGUAUCAGCAAUUAAAUUCAAUGUCACAGGUAAAGGACAUAAGGAUAAACUAUGGGGACAAGUAGAAAGUAGAUGGCUAAAACUGAUUGACGCCCAAAUACCUAGCAGGAAAACUCUGAGAAGAGGUGGUUACAGCUUAUCCAUCAACAUUAACAUAGAGAAAACUGAAGUCAGCCCAAGACUCACCUUGGAGACUGAUGAAAGCUAUCAACUAAAUAUAUUUUCGGACUCCACCGGCCUGGUUAAUACCAACAUAACAGCUAUCAGUUUCUUUGGUGCUCGCCAUGGCUUGGAAACAUUGGCUCAACUGAUUGUGUAUGAUGAUAUUCGCCGGGAAGUCCAGAUUGUGGCCAAUGCGACUAUUAGCGAUGCACCGGUAUACAAUUGGCGUGGGCUAUUGUUGGACACCUCCCGUAACUACUACUCUGUGCAGGCUCUUAAGCGAACGUUAGAUGGAAUGGCUUUGGUGAAACUGAAUACUUUUCAUUUCCACAUUACUGACUCUCACAGCUUCCCGCUGCAGGUGAGCAAUCAACCAGAGCUUCACAAGCUUGGUGCCUACACCCCGCGAAAGGUAUACACGCAUGAGGAUAUAAUUGAUUUGGUAGACUAUGGUCGGAUGCGGGGCAUUCGUGUAAUGCCAGAAUUUGACGCUCCUGCACAUGUUGGAGAAGGAUGGCAGCAUAAGAAUAUGACGGCCUGCUUCAAUGCUCAACCGUGGAAAGAUUUUUGCGUAGAACCGCCAUGCGGCCAACUAAAUCCUACUGUUAAUGGCCUUUAUGAUGUUCUUGAGGAUAUUUACAGCGACAUGUUUAAACUUUUUAAGCCAGAUGUCUUUCACAUGGGCGGCGAUGAGGUUUCCGUCAAUUGUUGGAACAGCAGCGAGCAAAUCCGACAAUGGAUGCUGGAUCAGGGUUGGGGCUUAAAUACAUCCGACUUUAUGCGAUUGUGGGGACACUUUCAGACGAGGGCACUGCAAAGGGUGGAUCGCGUUUCUAAUGCGUCCACAACACCUAUAAUUUUGUGGACGAGUCACCUAACAGAGGAACCCUUCAUCGAUGAAUAUCUAGACCCCGAGCGUUACUUUAUUCAGAUUUGGACAACAGGCGUCGACCCACAGAUUAAACAAAUUUUAAAACGUGGAUUCAAGAUAAUUGUAUCUAACUACGAUGCUUUGUACUUUGACUGUGGUGGAGCUGGCUGGGUGACAAAUGGGAAUAACUGGUGCUCACCUUACAUAGGCUGGCAAAAAGUCUAUGAAAACAACCUGGAUACAAUGGCCGGAGACUAUAAGGAUCAUGUUCUUGGUGCUGAAGCUGCCAUUUGGUCUGAGCAAAUUGAUGAGCACACGCUGGAUAAUCGGUUUUGGCCAAGAGCAAGUGCUCUGGCUGAGCGGUUGUGGUCAAAUCCUUCGCAGACCUGGAAGGAAGCCGAGUCCCGUCUCCUACUCCAUCGUGAGCGGCUUGUAGAGAAUGGACUGGGGGCGGAGGCUAUGCAACCGCAAUGGUGCCUUCAGAAUGAGAAUGAGUGUCCUGUUGAUGCGUAUGAUGAACAAGUGUGAUUGGCAAUUUGGUAUCCCUUGCUUGCAGCCCUCGCCAUUAUAAAUUUUAUAAGGGCAGCAGUUAAAUAACCACUUUAAACGCGUCAGUUUGGUUGUCGCGACCAAUUUCAGUUUAAUUAGGGUUCUUUGUUUUUUUUUUUUAUAAUAUGUGUAAAUGAGAUUAAAAUACAUUAAAACGUGAUUUUGGAAAGAGCAA